AUGGCGCCAUUAAUGUUCUCCUUAAGAUUUCUGUUCUUCCUUUCUCCAGUUUUGUUCCUCAUGAUCAGCGCUCAAUCCCUUGCUCAGCCGCCUGAUUUUCUAGGCCAAUGGUGUUACAACGCUAACGUCAGCUUCACCCCCAACAGUACCUACCAGACAAACCUCAACACUCUUCUCUCUUCUCUUUCUUCCCCCUCCAACGACGGCAAUGGCUACGGCUUCUACAACUCAUCCUACGGGGAAAACCCCGACCAGGUUCACGCAAUCGGGCUAUGUCGAGGGGAUGUCACGGGGGACAUUUGCCGUGACUGCCUCAGCAACUCCACACAAAAGCUCCCACAGGUCUGUCCCUAUCAAAAGGAAGCUUUAGGCGUAUAUCGCCAGUGCAUGCUUCACUACGCCAACCGCUCCAUCUACGGCGCCAUGGAAACUCUCCCUGCUUUCUGGCUGUUGAACUUAGAGAAUGUGUCCUCCUCCGUCGACGGGUUUUUUCAAGAGCUGAGGACGCUACUGGAGGACCUAAGUCGUCAAGCUGCGGGGAACGGUUCACUUCGAAAAUUUGCGGUAGGGACUGCAACCGCUCCCAACUUCCAAACAAUCUAUGGACUUGCGCAGUGUACGCCGGAUUUGACCGAGCAGGUCUGCAGUGAUUGCUUGGUUGGUGCUUUGGGAGAUAUCCCAGAAUGUUGUCAGGGGAAGCAAGGUGGUAGAAUUUUUAAACCCAGCUGUAAUGUUGGGUAUGAGAUUUAUCGCUUCUAUGACCCUACAACUGUCCGACCAUUGCCUUCUUCGUCGCCGCCACUGUCUAGUCCUCCUCCACCGCCACUGUCAACCAGUACUGGAGGAUCGAAGAGUAACAGAUCUCGGACUGUCAUCAUUAUUGUUGUGCCAAUUGUCGUUUCUGUGGUACUAAUAGUUAUAUUCUUCUGCAUUUGUUUAAGAGUAAGGAGGACAAAGAAAAAACUUGAAACUAGGAAGUUACUUCCAG